AUUGGCCAGGGUGAGAUGACCCAAGCUCCGACCCACGAGAAACCCAGCGGGAACGACAGGAGGCUGGGCUUUGGGACCGAGGCCAGGGGGAAUGGGUGUGUUGAGUCUCCGGAGGAAGGAGGGCACAGUGAAGCGCCUCCUGCUUAUGUCUCCUUUGGAAUUUCAGAGCAGGGUGCUGAGCAGGCAGAGUGGGACUCGGCGUCUGAGAGAGAUAUCCCCAGUCCCAGCAGACACAGGGCAAGGCGCACACGACCUAGCCACAACGAGAGUCAAUCAGAAAGACAGGUGAAGGAAGCUAAGUCUAAAUGUAAACGCAUUGCUCUUCUGUUGACCGAUGCACCAAAUCCCAGAAACCGAGGCGUCUUGAUGUUCAAGAAGCGGCGGCAGAGGGUUAAGAAGUAUACACUUAUCAGCUACGGGACGGGUCAGCAACAGUUUGACAAUAAAAGUGACGAAGAAGUAAUCAGUGAAGACGGGCAAACAGCCAGGUUUCCUUAUGCUGCAAGUGACUAUUCAGAACUUCAAGAAGACUACUCAGUGAAUGUCAAAAACCGAGACGUCAAUUUAAACUGGGAUAAUCUCGGAAUACCAACCAUAUCUCAACAUUUGAAAGAGAUGGAUCAACUGCCAGAGACCAAAGGGAAAGGUGUUGCAAUGUUUGCCCAGCGCCGGCAGAGGAUGGAUGAGAUUGCUUUAGAGCAAGAAGAGAUGAAACGCAAAGGCUUACCUGCUGAAGGUAUGGUAGAGCCUGUUGAUGCAGAAACGUACAAGUCGUAUGUACAAUCUAAUCAAAUUCAAUCCAGUGAAGGGCCUGAUCACAUGGAUCAACAUCUGAGGUACCAAGAAAACCAUCAACAGGAGAUGCAGGAAUAUGCUGAAAUGAUAAACAAUUUGCCCAACCACCAGGCUAAUGCAAUAUCAAAGCCUCUAGUGCCCAACAGAACCGCUAAGCCCUUUUUGGGAUUCCAAAACAGAGGGCCAGUCCCAUAUUCCCCUCUUAGUGGUGUAACUAGCACAGUGAGGCAUCACGAACUCAAAUUCAAGGUACCGGUCCCUAUUCACACAGUUCCGCAGGUUUGGUCCCCAACUGGAGAUAUUAUUGCUUCACGUGACGAGCGCAUAUCUGUUCCAGCUAUCAAAACUGGCAUCCUACCCGACUCAAAAAGAAGAGGUGCUAAUAGAACAGUCAUGGGCUCUGCUCAGCAGUCCAACACCUACAUUCAAAACAAAGGGGAAAGAAAAUCAUACAUUGAGUCAGGGGAAGAAGAAGAUUAUUUUAGUCUUGGUGCUGAAGCAUGCAACUUCAUGCAACCUCGCACCAUCAAGCACAAGAAUCCCCCACCUGUUGCCCCAAAACCUAACAUUAAUCUAGCAUGUCCACCAUGGUUGAAGGAGAGUUCUUCGAAUGCGCAAUUUCACCCAGCAAAGAGUCCAAUCCCGGCAUCUUCCCAAAGUCCAGUGGGGCUUUCUCAUCAGUACUUUCAACAACAAGACUGGCAUUCACAAAUGCUGUAUCCCAAGGAACCACCCCAAGCACGACCACAGCCACCCAUUAACACCUGGACACCAGCCAACACAACUUCAGCCUCUCAACUUAAACCAACUAUGAAUAGCUGGAGUCCGCAGCCACCACGGUCCCCAGUGAGUAUUCAGGCUCUGAACCCAACUUACACAGCAACUCACCAACCCACAGUCUCACAGAAUAAGUCACCAAAUGCUUCGGUGGCAUCUUGCCCUCCUCAACGAGGAAACUCAUACAACCAUGCAGCUAAGGCAACACCAACUUCUCCAAUGGGUCAUAUGUCUGAGGGACAUGUUAGUCUGUCUGGAGAUGGUCCAACUCUGAAGGGAAGAGGUGCCGAACUCUUUGCUAAGAGGCAGACCCGUAUGGAGAAGUUUGUGGUGGAUGCCGAAACUGUUCAGGCCAACAAAGCAAAAUCUUCUUCCCCCACCGUCUCCCUUCCAGGGACUUGGAGAUACUCACCUAAUGUCCGAGCCCCACCUCCUCUAUCAUAUAAUCCCCUUCAUGCACAUUUCUACCCCCCAACAGCAGCUAAGCAGCCACCUUCAACAAGUCCAAAACCCAAGCCAAAGACCAAGGCCCAAGCAAAAGUGCCCCUCCCUAAACACCUGGAUUCCCUAGAUGUCAUGAAACACCAUCCAUAUCAGCUGGACUCAUCACUUUUUACAUAUAAUGAAGCCACUGAGGCUGAAGCCUGUAGCCCUCAACCCAAAAGGUCCCCUAUCCUAACCCCUGAGUUAUACCCACCCUCAAGCCCUAGACCUGCCCCAAUUGUUAACCCUAAACCAGCUCCUGUCACAACUCCUUACUCCACACAUGAUCUUCCCUCAGCCAAUCAACAAACUAAGCCAAUAGCUCCUGCUAAGCCUACUGUAUCGGGACUUGGCAGAAGUUUCUCUCUGUCCUUACACCGACCGAAGCCCUCCCAGUUAUCUAUGUCCCAUGUGACCACCCCUGUGUUCCAGCCCUCAUUGGGAAGGCAGACCUCCUGGCAGGAAAAAGCUGUCCUCAAGCCCCCCAGCCCUUGGGAGGCUGCCUCUCGGAGUCCACUUGGCCUAGUGGAUGAUGCCUUCCGAUUUCAAAAUGUCUCGCAGUCCAUUGCCACCAAUGUGAAUGCUGCCGCCAACCGGCGAUCUCUUCCGGAGCCUCCAGAAGAAUGGAAGCAAAAGGUGUCAUUAGACAUCUCCAGUGUCAGCGGAGGUUACUAUCAUGCUCCACCUCCAACCAUGCAUACUAGGUCUAUGAGCAUGACCUCUGCCCCUGUCUGUGGACCUCCCUUCAGACAGGCCCAGCCUUUGUGGUCUGGGGUAAGUACAAACAUGGGACACAUGGGCCAAGGUCCACCCCUCUAUGCUACCUUCCCACGCUCAGCUGUAAGAAGGUAAUAUUGGACAGCUGUAAAUCCUCAGAUAUAAUUAAAAAAUUAAAUCAGCAAAGUUGCAAGGACAAACACAGACAAUACAGUUAAAUGCAUAGAUGUAAACCAUAGGGAGAUAAUUUUAUAAUAUUUUGAAUAGUACCGAUUUGUUAAGAUUUGUUUUUAAAUAUCACUAAGGAGAUAUACCAAGAUAGUAUAGUGGAAAGUUUAACGCUCGUAAUUUCAGAAAAAACGUAUUGAGGUUAAGGGUAUUUUUAGUGUGCACCAAAUGGUUUGAAUUUACGUUUGUCACAAUGUGUGGGAUUGUAAUUUGGUUUAAGCAUGGAUUGUUUGUUUAUUUUGCAAAGUACAGGUGUUAGACAAAAUGAAAAAAAUCAUUCCUAUGGUAUUAGCUCUAUGUACAAGGUAAUGCUGAACUAGAUUAACAUAAAUUGGUAAUUCCACUAAUUCUGUGCAUUUUUAAAUGUUACAAGGUGAAAUAAAAAAUAAUUAAGCUUGAUUUCACCUAAUUUGAAAAUUGCUAUUAAGUUGCCAUUAAGACAACAUGAUCAAAUUAAAACACUUCAAUAGCAAGUGUCCAAUACAGUAAUAGUGUCCAUAGUUGGGUUAAAGUAACAGUAACCAUAAUUGGGUUGAGAAUUUCAUUUUAAAUUAGCCAUAAAUCCUCCUGUUAUGGGGGAAGUGUAAGGUUGCUGUGUGCUAAAGGGCGUGACAAUGCAAUGCAAGCUUACAAAAAGAAAAAUGUCUAGCCAGUUGGCUGGAUCAUGGUUAAUGUGUUAUUUUCUACCCACUAUGACUUACACCAGAAAACACCACAACAUUGCCUUAAAGAGUAUAACCAGCUCACCUGCUUUUACACUUUAGAUUUACUAUUUGUUGUUAACCAUUCACUUCGAAAAUAUUAGGAAUAGUUUCAUCCAGAUUUCACUGAGGGACAGAUUUAAAUGAAUCAUUAAUAAUAAAUAAUACUCUUCAGAAAAUACUCUUCAACAAAAUACCCAAAUUCCAGGGCUUUACAAUGAAGGAGAAUUUUUUGGGAUUAAUUGUAUUAACAUUUUCCUGGACUUUCUCAGGAUUUAAGAUUAUAUGUUGGUGCACUAAUCUCCAUUCAAAAUGUGAAGCCACUCUUUUUUUUGUUUCUUUGGAGGUUUAUUGUCUGAAAGUUUUAUUUUUAUUACAAAAUAAUGAGUGAGAAAAUGACAGAUGGCAAAGAAAAGUAAUUUAUGUGUUUCAUUACGGCGAAAAAAAUCUGAUGGAUUGAGGAUUAUUAAGUGAUUUAACAUCAUAAAUAGAAAUAUAUAACAAUUUGAGGAAUUAGUGUUGACAUGAGGAAGCGUGGAGAUCCUGAUGAAACCACUGCGAGUGUAUGGUUUGUAUUUUUACCUUUGGUUAGUUGAGGGGUUCUUAUAGGGAGCUUAAAUAGUUCAAGGUAGCAACAGGUUCUUGAGGGAAUAAGGAAUAACAUGCACAUUGAAUACUUGAAAAUUUCAAAAAAAAUUACAUGAUGACAGGAAUGACAUGUUCGCUAGCGGAUUGUCCAACAUUCAUAUCUUAAAGGGGCAUUUCACCAUAGCACAAGAAUUUAAUACUAAUAAUUGUAACUGUAUAUACAAACUAUACUUAAGAGUACUAAUAACUAAUGUUAGCAAUAAUGCAUAUGUUUUAUAAAAACACAAAAUCUCAACAUGGUCCAGAAUGAGCAGAUAUGAAUUUUGCAGUCAAAUCCACUUCCUCUGUAGUGGUCUGUUCAUAAAAAAAGAUCUGGAAUGAAUUGCAUUGAUCAUGCCCAUGUGGUGUUCUAUGGCUGGCUAUAGUAAUUACAAUGAACAAAAAGUGCCCUUUUGUAUUUUUUUUGCCUGGUGCCAGUAAUGCACCUAUAAGUACAGUUGUGCUCAUAAGUUUGCAUACCCUUGAAUGUUUGGCCUUGUCACACAGGUGAAAAUGGCAAUUA